AUGAGGCCGGCAGAAGAUACGAAGGAUAUCCUCGUGAUAUAUGAACAAGAAGCAGAAGAGUGGGCACUGUAUUUAAAAUCUCUCUUUGGACACAUAGUGAAGGAAGGAGGAAUCUUACUCUACAAUCUAGAGACUGCAACUUUCAAGCACCAGAAGCUAUUCUGUUUACUCUCUUAUAAAUGUAAACUCCUGAUACUCUCGUGUGGACUUAUUAACUGCCUGGAUCAAGAGAGAUGUUAUUUCCUGGAACAAGUUCUAAAACCUCUGGAAAAUGUGGUAAUUCUGCUUUGUGGGGUGGAGAAUUCAAGGAUUCUUUAUGAGAUACUGACCUUAGAUGGAGGCAGCAAGGAGAUUUCCACUGAUCAGAAACCUGAGGAAUAUAUCGCUGUUGUUACUGGAAUUAUUCAACCAGAUCACCGGACUAGCUCUGAUAUUAAUUUGUCAAAUGUCAUGGCAGCAUCAGAAACAACAGACUUCAGUUCUAAAAAUGAGGUACUUUCAAAAAGUUUGGAAACUAAGGAGCAGUCGAUAUUGGUGCUUCCAGGAAGAGUAUCAUGUGAGAACCCUGGUGAAAUAUUCAUUCUGUUGAAAGAUGAAAUAGAUGAUGAAACUCUAGAAAUUGAAUUCAUAUCAGAAAAUCAACGAAUUAGGACACAGACAGCCUCUUGGAAUAAGAAGGUCAAGUACGUGAAAGCCUUAGAUUUUCCUGCUGGCCCUGUAUAUGUAAAUGUCUACUGUGGGGGAAUCGUUAAGACCACAGCACUCAUUGAGUAUUACACUGCACUAGAGGAGAUUGAGCCCAUUUUAAAGAAAGUGGCUGACCCAAUAGCUUUCACUUGUCAGGCAUUGAAGUUUUCUUCUGUAGAGAAGGUGGACAAUGUUCUGACAUUGUUAUUGAAAAGCAAAGUAUCUACUUAUGAAUUCAACCCAUUCCAAAGUGGAGAAGAGCAUCAUCAACAAGCUAAUAGCCAUCUGGAAGAGUUUCCUACCCUCCUUCACUGUGCAGCCAGAUUUGGAUUAAAGAACCUUGCAAUGUUUCUACUCAGUUGUCCUGAGGCCACGUGGGCUUGCAAAAUAACCAAUAAACAUGGAGAUGAUCCAGAAAGUAUCGCGGAGAAACAUGGACACAAGGAACUAAGAAAAUUAAUCAAAGAAUUGUCAGUUAACGCAGCAAAUAAUUUCACCAAUUGCAGGGAGGAAGUAGAAGACAAUAACACUUAUGAGCUCAUGUUAGGCUUGGAAACUCAACCAGCCAUGGUAUUAAAAGCCAAGCAGAACCCCGGAGAUCAAUAUGAAAUUGGAUCGAGAUGCCAACACAAAGCUGAAGUGGAUGAGGAAAAGAAAGAUGAUGUAAGAGACAGCAGAGAGGAGACAGAACAUGAAGAUCAAGAAGAGGAAGACUCAUAUAGCUUUCACAACAGUCCUGAUGAUUUGUAUGCCAACAUACGGGAUGAUCUCAAAGAGAACAGAAGAGAUUGCUUUCUCUGUAAGGGGCCACCCCCUCCUCCCCCUCGAAAUCUGCCUGGCAUCCUAAGACAGGACGAUCUGCACAAUUCAUCACAAG